GACAUGACAGUGGAAUCGGCUCGGUGCAACGAGUGCUCAGCGAUGACCGUCAUUAAUCACUGACCCAACCAUUGGUCCACCACAUUUUGAGCUGCCAAGGCACCUGAGCUGGUUCCUAACAGGACAGGGCACUUGUCUCUUCAGAUGGGGUUUCUCUGAUGACCAGGGUUGUAGCUGUGGUCAACUUCAGGCUAUGUCGCAUAUCCUUGACGAGUGGCCACUGAUUUUGAGGGUGGGCUACUGGCUCUCCACCUGGCUGAUGACGAUGCUAUCAAAUGGCAGGCACCUAGACCUGCUGGUGCGGGAUUGGAGUAGUUCCCCGGUCCUUGGAGCCGAGGGUGGGGAGCAGCAUCUGAGACACAUCAGACAGAUGCUGAAGGCGAGGUCCCCUUGCAGACACCCCAAGGCCCUGGAAGUGCUGAGCAGAAACAGCAGCCGCUGUUACCUGAUGCCCUUCCCUGGCGAGAGGAUCACGAUGGGGAGCAAGGGAAGGCUGAGAGACAUGGGUGAGAAUUUCCGGAAGAGCCUGAGGGACUAUGUCACCACCCUGGUGAGCACGGCUGGUCGACACGUCCGGAGGGACCAGCAUAGGAAGCUGCUUACCGGGACACAGCUCGCUGCCAAGAUAAAGAAUUUAUCUGAUGUGAUGAAGACACAUCGCUCCGGCUUCUCCUCUCCCUGUCAGGUUGCUGCGGUGGAAGCUGCAGUUGCUAGGUGGAGACAGGGACCCAUAAACUGCGGCUCACCCCAGCCUUGUCCUCCCUGUGCAGAUGGCCAUCACCUUCCACAACCAGAGAGUCCUGGACGGCGCCCGCAAAGACCAUGCUGUGUUUCUGAAGGAGAAGGACGGCGAGUCCCGGAACAUGGUCGCCUGUCUGAAGAUGAAGCCGAGCAAGAUGGCGGAGCUGUUCGCGGAGUGGCGCAGGCAGUUGCUGGGGCGGUGCUGGACGGUCAUGAGGGAUCCGGCGCCGGAGAAAGAGGCCCGGCUGACAGAGCUGGAGGAGGAGCUGACGCGGGAGGCCGAGACCUUCCUGGAGACCUACAGGAAGCGCUUCAAGAAAUUCGUCAUUGUGGCGGGCGUGGGCGCGGGGGCGGUGGCCCUGGCAACAGCGGGCGGAGCUGCGGGUGCAGGAAUCGCUGCUGCUGCCAUCGCUGCGGAAGCGGCUGUGGUGCUCAGUGUGUCUGGGGCAGCAGGCAUUGGAGUUGGGGCGGGCACCGUGGCCGGGAUGUGUGUGGGCGGGGGUGUGGGCAUGGCAGUUGGUGGGAACAUCGCCCAGAAGGACAAGAAGAGGGCCGAGGCGGCUGCUGGCCAACAGAAGGAGGGGGACGGCACUGUAGAGUUGUCCGAUACGGCUCCCCUCAUCUGAACAGCACCCCCCUCCCAGUCUGGGGGUGAAGAAUGGGGUGAUGGGGCUGCAGCGUGGCACAGACACGUCACCCACAAACCACAGCACAGUGGGGCAGCCGUUGCCCACCGAUUCUAAGAAGGGACAUUAGAAUCAUAGAAUUAUAGAAUCUCAGGGGCUGGAAGGGACCUCAGGAGGUAUCUAGUCCAACCCCCUGCUCAAAGCAGAACCGAUCCCCAACUAAAUCAUCCCAGCCAGGGCUGUGUCAAGCUGGGCCUUA